GCCAACGCGGGCAAUAUUUUCUUGGAUAUCUGUUGAAUAUUUUCUAUAUCGAACGACGACAUGUCUGACUUGUAGCUGAAGAUGUUUUAAAUAGGUGGAUGUGUAAGGAAUCAUAUUUGAAGCCUAGAUGUACCAUGAACGUCAAAGAUUACAGUUUUGUGCACUUCACGCUCUUAACAAUCUCUUCCAAGCUUCAGUGUUCGCUAAGCAAGAUUUGGAUGAUAUUUGCAAUUCUCUGAAUUCUCACGCGAAGCUUAAUCCUCACAAAAGUAUUUUUGGUUUGGGAAAUUACGAUGUGAAUGUAUUGUCUGCGGCUUUGGAGCUCAAACAUUAUCAAUUGAUCUGGUUUGAUAAACGGAAGAAUUUGAACUCCAUAAAUUUAUUUCAUGUCUUUGGUUUUGUCAUUAAUAAGCUCUAUAAACCGAAUGUCUUUGGCUUACCAAUUCCUUUAAAUCGACGGCAUUGGCUGGCAGUACGUUAUAUCAAUGGAAGGUAUUAUAAUCUUGACUCAAAACUUUCUCAACCUGAGUGCAUUGGAAAUGAGGACAGUUUGAUUGACUUCCUUGCCAACGAAAUUUCUGUUCCUACGACCGAGAUGUUUCUGGUUGUUUCAAAUGCACUGGAUAAGAAUAGUUGGUGGAAAAUGGAUAAAUAAAUCAGUUCCAAUUUCAAUAGAAAUGAUUUCACAAAUUCUUCUACAACAUACAAGAUUCAAUUUCUUUAAUGUGAUUGGUUAAAGAACAGUGCAUUAUUCCAAAUGCAAUGCAAUGCUAAAAACUCAAUUGUAAUUUGGCACCAAAUUACAAUUUCAGGCAUUGUUAAAAACAGACUCAAGUAUUUUUGCAUGUAUAUCACAAAGUAAUAUAUUCAAUGAUUUUCUUUGAUUAACUCACUGAAACCUCUUUUCCAAAACUGCCCAUUAAACCACACUGUCAACUCA